UAUUAAAUGUAAACAUACUGUACAAAACGUUUAUUGUGAUGUUCUUGUAUCAAUUCGGGAUUUCGUUGAUGCUCCUGCUCUCCGUCUUCGGGGCCAUGCACACGCAGCACUGUCCCAUGUGGAAGCAAAUCAUCCCGUGCACGUGCAAACCGGAUAACACCGACAAAUUGACGGCCAUUUCGUGCGACAAAAUGUCAUCGUUCGACCACGUGGCCGAGACGCUUCGAGGCCAUUUUCAGCCCACCGACAGGGUGUCUUUGAGAUUGGCUUUUUCCAGUUUGGGUGAUUUAUACAAGAGGUCUUUCAAGGAGCUCAACGUGACCAUCGUGAAUUUGAAGCUCAAUCACGAUAUUAUUGGGUUUCUAAACCCGGACACUUUCCAAAGUUUGACACACGUCUAUUACCUAAGCCUAGCGGAUAAUGAUGUGGGAGAAGUACCUGUAAAAUUGUGGAAACAAGUGCCCAAUGUGAAAACCCUAGACCUAGGAAGAACGAAAAUUAAAUCCCUAUCAGAAUCCAGUUUUAAGGAAUUAAAACACGUCCAAUGCUUGGUCCUAGCUGGAAAUCAAAUUUCUGAAAUGGAUUCAAAAUCGAUACCACCGCAAAUAGAUCGACUUCACAUCGGUAGAAAUCAUAUCAAGCAUUUGAACAAUACUUUGAGGAAUUUGUCCGAACUAAGAUGGCUGUUUAUUAAUUGUAAUGAAUUGGAAGACAUCGAGAAUCAGCUGCCUAAAUUUGCGCCCAAUUUAGAGUUAAUUCAUGCAUCUGAUAAUCUACUGGAAAAGUUGCCGCAGCAGUUGAAGAAUUUUCAAAAUUUAAAGUCGAUUUUCUUCCAUAACAACAGGUUGACAUCUUUAGAUGGUGCUUUAUCUAAAUCCUCGCGUUUGGAGCUCGCCGCUUUGGAACACAAUCAUCUAAAAACGCUUACCGAAGACGAUUUCGCCGUACCGUCAGUAUUGACAUCGCUGUUUCUAGGUCACAACAAGCUCACGUCUUUGAAUAACUCGCUGUCGAAAUUAACAAACCUCAACUUUUUAAAUAUCACUGUUAACCAACUGACGGAAUUUUCCUUGGAAGAAAUCGUGGAUUUGAAAGAAUUGAGAAGCAUGGAUUUAUCGUACAAUCACAUUUCCCUCUUGAAAGGACCACCACCGAAUUUGGUAGACUGGAACAUAAAAUUGACGGAGCUUAAAUUGGACCACAACGAACUCGAAACGCUGAACGGUGCAUUGUCUGGGCUGACCGAACUACUAAGGUUGAAUCUCAGUUUCAACAAACUCAAAAAAAUAUCUCCAGAAGAUUUCAUCGGCUUGGAAGAGUUACGGCUGCUCGACAUUUCAUAUAACCGUUUGACGACGUUGGAAGAGACCAGUAAGACCUAUCUGCCGAGAUUGUCUGAACUGAAAGCCAGCCACAAUUUAUUGACGAUUUUAGACAAGGACUUCCAUGGAUUGCCGGUUCUGUGUCACGCAGAUCUGUCGAACAAUCAAAUCGUAGCUUUGGGUAGGGAUUUGGUAGCAAAAACGAGAUGUACCGUUGAACAUGGUGUUCACGAAGGUACUUGGGAUAUUUUGAAAAUAUAUCUUCAAGACAACCCCAUACUUUGCGACGCUGCCUUGCCAGACAUCACUUCAAUAAUGGAAACAAAUCACACCAGAAUAUACGGCGUAUCGCAUUGCCCACCCUUAAACGAACAACCCACAACUUCCAAACCCAACGCGUACUUGGGAUACAUCCCGGAACUGAACCCGAGACUACGCCUGCCGAUAAUUCCAAAAUCCAACAGGCUGGAUUACCAAAACGAACAAGAAAUACACACCAGUGUCAGUACGAAAAACAACGUACAGGACGUUAACGUUAAUCCCGAACCAACGUUAGCGGCUAAAUUACAUUACAAAGUUGAAAGCAACGAUCCCAGCAUCGUAGAAGAUACCUCGACGAAAAAAGACAUCCCUCUGAACGUCGAACCCAAUACGGUCGAAGUACAACCAAGUAUUAGCAAUAACAGUAUAAGCCAGGCUAACGAUACUACUGUUAGAACGGGAAAUGACAGUACUGUCGCAUUUGAUCCUGUCAAACAGGGCCAACAGAUCAACAAGCUGGCGUCCGAAAUCGAAGAACUUCGAACGAGAUUAGAUCAAUUGUCCAACCAAAAUCAGAUGUUGUUGAACACGAAAUUCAACAAAGACGAAACAUUAUCGGAACUUCAAAAGCCUUGAGAGGAGUUUUAACGCAUUGAUCGCCACGUAGUUUUUUUUUUUAAACUUUUUUUUGUUUAUAUUGUACAAAAUCCGGUGAUGGAAAAAAGGGCACGUUUUGAAUUAUCAAACUGUUAAUUUUACUCCAAGAUCAAUUAUCUUUUUUGAACCAAUUUGGUACCGGUUAUUUUUGCAGGAUGUUGCGCUGACAUUUUCGUUCUUUUAUGUAUGUUUCUUGUUUUUCCCGGUCUUAGAGUCUCAAAUUAAUCAUUCACUGCAAUUUACACUAUCUUUAGCAUAGUAUUAUACAUAGUGUGCGGUAAAUAGACCAUUACCGCACUCACAACAGUUUGCAAUAGAGCUGUUUUUCGCACCACCCCACUAUUAUUUUGCAAUGAUUCCUCUUUGUAACAGUAUGUUUUCGUAAUUAUUCCAAUUUUCAUGCAG